CUCUGACUCUGCACCCUGGAGAUGGCAGCACCCAAGGUCGCAGUGGUUGGCGCAGGAGUCGUCGGCUUGUCCACAGCGAUGUGCAUCGUGGAGACUUAUCCCAGCUGCUCCGUGACAAUCCUUUCAGACCAGUUCAGCCCCAACACAACGAGCGACGUCGCAGCUGGGAUGCUCAUCCCUCACACCCACCCAGGCACACCGAUCCACGUGCAGAAGCAGUGGUUCAAAGACACCUUCGCUUACCUUUUUGCGAUCAGCAACUCAGCCGAGGCAUCAGAGGCUGGCAUUCACCUGGUCUCUGGGUGGCAGGUCUUUAAAAACACUCCCAAGGAAGAGUUACCUUUCUGGUCGGAUGUCGUCCUGGGAUUUCGACCAAUGUCCAAAGCAGAACUCCAAAAGUUUCCGCAGCACCGAUUUGGUCAGGCCUUUACGACACUGAAAUGUGACUGUCCACCCUACCUGCUGUGGCUGGAGAAAAGGUUGAAAGCAACUGGCGUCCAGAUGUACACCAGAAAAGUUGCAGACUUGUGGGACCUGCACAGCGAAUAUAACGUCGUCGUCAACUGCGCGGGUAUUGGAGCCCACCAGCUGGUGGGGGACGAGAAGCUCUUCCCCGUCAGGGGACAAGUACUCAGGGUUCAUGCUCCUUGGGUGAAAAACUUCAUCCGGGAUGGGGAUGGCUUAACUUACAUCUACCCGGGGAUACACAGGGUAACCCUAGGGGGAACCAGGACAGAGGGGAGCUGGAGCCUCUCCCCUGACCCUGGCACUACCAAAGACAUCUUUGACAGAUGCUGCUCCCUUGAGCCCUCGCUGCGGGGAGCUGAGGACGUCCAGGUGAAGGUGGGCCUGAGGCCGUCCAGGCAGUGCGUGAGACUGCAGAGAGAGCUCUUGAGCCAAGGAGGAGUUAAGCUCCCGGUGGUCCACAACUACGGGCACGGGUCAGGCGGCUUUUCGAUGCACAGGGGCACAGCCAAAGAGGCUGCUCGCCUGGUGGGAGAGUGCAUUGCUGCCCUGGAAGGCUCCUCAUCGAGGGCCAAGCUUUGA